GUAGAAGACAUAACAUUUUUUAAACCAGACUGGCACAAAUUACCUUCUUUUCACGACUAAGAAUGUCUCAGUGCCCGGUGUCUCCUUACCUGUUGACGACACCCUCUGUCGGGACCGUUUCUAGAUGUCAAAAUCUUCUGCAAAAAUCAGCGAGGCUCCAUUCAAUUAGUCUCCGCUUUGUGUGCACCCGAGUUUUAGUGUGGUUGCCUUACUGCUGAGGUCGUCACGAGUGAUCUGCUCUGCAAUUUUCUUUUUGUCCUACUGGGCUAGCAGUUGCUACAGAAAGACGAAAUAUUGACUGGCGAGUUGUACUCGAAACAAAGGAAGACUGUAGCGCACCUGCCACACGGGUAGUCUCUGAUGCAGAACGACCGAGAUCAGGGUGAGGUACCCGGCAUGUUUCCAGACCUGAAUGGAAGUUUGUGUGUGUGUUUGUGUGCGUUGCACCUUUAGAUACGACACAGAGCUCAGGACUCGUAUGCUGUGCCUCCAAGGGCUCCAGAGAACAUGAGCUGAAAAGAACCCUUUGAAUGUCAGUAUACAACGAGGCAAGCACCUUUACUUGACUUUACGAGUGUACCUACGGCGAGACACCAAAGUGUAUUCGAGGAAAAUGGAGAGAGGACUACUUGUGUUGCACGGGGAGGGAUUGACAACUUUAUAUACUACUAUUUGAGUGUUAAAAUUGUUCUUCCACGUUUGGGAUUAUUGCAAAUUAUUGCGGGUUUAUGUGUAGAUUAAGACAGGGUUGAACUAUAUUUACCAAACACAAUGGAGCUUCCACACAUGGCGGACCAAACACCUGAGCAAGUCUUGAACGGAGUUCUGAUCACCGAGGUUCCUGAAGUCGAAGGCGGCCUGUCGAGUUCGGACGAUGUCCAAUCUGACGAAUUUAGCAAUGUCGUCGGGUUUCCACAAACUCGACAACAUAAUCCAGCAGAAGGACUAUGAUGAUGACACAUACGAUGCUGAGAAUGAGUCUCGCAGCAACAGCACAGCAUCUGGGGGCGAGAAACACAGCGGCUCCGGUGAUGAAGUUGACUCGGCGAUCGAUGGUUACCGGGAUGGGACUGCCUACGGUCAGAAGUCUAAGAACGGCGUGAAGGAGAAGCUGACUGGCAGCACCCAGGUCAGCAAUGCCGGAUAUGACGUCACUGGGAGGCUGCAGCAGGAGGAGGAAGGUGAAUCGGUGGAACACGCAUCCAUGGACGACCUUUCAGAUGUCUUUAUUGACGAGAUCCAGCAGCUGGAGACGAGGGACGAGGAUUUCGACACCGAUCUUGAGAUCGAUGACCAGAAGUGGCUAAACCCAGAAAAGUACGACAAUGACACCACAGGAUUGUCCAAGUAUCUGCAUGCUUGCCGUCAGCAAAACAUCACUCCUAUCAGGUACUUCAUCAAACACAUGCUCCAGGAGAAUGUCAACCUGUGCUACCGCGGCUUGGGACCCGUUGCCAUGAAGGCUCUGGCGGUCCCUCUGGAAAUCAACACGUCCAUCGAAGUUUUGAAUCUGGAGGGAAACUGGAUCGGUUCAGAAGGAGCACAUCACCUGUGUCAUGUCCUGAAGGAGAAUGUUUAUAUAACAUAUCUAAACCUAGCGGAGAACAAGUUGGGAAACGAGGGCGGCCAGUAUGUCUUUGAUCUUCUUCUACAGAACCGCAGUCUCGACUGGCUUGACCUGACAGGUAAUGAGAUCGGCGAUGCAGCGGCAGAGAACCUCGGCAGAAUGCUCAAAAAGAACCUCACUCUUCGUCACCUCAGCCUUCGCCACAACCACUUUGAGGAUACGGGAGCUCAAUGGAUAAAGGAGGCUCUGUCCGACAACACCACCCUGGAAAGUCUCGACAUCAGCUGGAAUCAUUUCCAAACAAGGGGCUGUGUCCUCAUUGCGGAGGGGCUAAAGGAAAACGCAGGCCUCAAGGAAGUGUGUCUCUCGAUGAACGGCUUCGGACUGGAGGGCGCCGCUGGUCUAGGGGAGGCAAUCAGUGCCAACAGCACGCUGCGGAAACUUGACGCGAGUUACUGCCGCUUGCCCGCGGAGGGCUCUGCCUCCCUGGCUCGGGGCCUGCAAGCCAACGAGUCGCUGAACACACUAAAUUUGGGAUUUAACUCUCUGAGUCCAGAGGGAACCCACGUUAUUCUUGUAGGAGUCGAGAAAAACGAUAACAGCAGUUUACAAUUACUGGACCUAGGGACGACAAAAGUAAGCAAAGAGUUCAAGGAGCUGCAGGACAAGCUGGCCUCAUCCCGCAGUCUGAAGGUCCCAUGGCGGCGUCUACUGGAAGCGCUCCACAAGGAAGUUGGCUUAGACCUAGUGGAAGCUUUUAAGAAAGAUCCGCUAACAAAAUUAAGAGAGUGGAUGUCUAGUACUGGCUACAGUCUUGCAAACCUUGAGGAAUAUUCCAACAAUGGCGAUGUCGCCACACUUUCCAAGGAGACUUUAUCGCCAUCGUCAAGGCUACAGAUAUCAAGAUCACAGAGGAUCAGAUAAAUAUCCUGCUCAGUCUUGUGGGCGAAAACGAUGGACAGAUUGAUGUCAGGUAGAACCAUCGGCUUCUCCAAACUCUUUGAACGCCAAACGUCUUUCUUCACAACCACUCAGGCUGCGACACACUGAACUUUAUCUCUUACAAACAUUACCAGAAAUAUAAUGUCAUAAGAUGUUUUAAAACUGUAUAGCAGAGCAACUGUCGCUCACACCUAUCCCACAGGUAUACUUGUAAAGGCCCAAUGGGGUGAAAAAAACAUUCUGCUGUCCGAAUGAAACUCAGUGCAAGAGAUAUUUUCGAAAAAUCUGGACAAGUAACCCUUUCGUUCUCAAGAUACAUGUCUACAAACACCACCAUGAACAGAAAUAAAUCAAAUUUGUGACCUCACGUGUGUAAAAAGAUAUUCCUAAUUAAUAUAUGGUUCAAGUUCUUAUGUCCAUGUUGUUGAUCUCUUUCUGUGCAUGGUAAUUUUAUGCUCGUGUAUGUCGAGAAUGGAAGAAAGGUAUUUAUUUAACCUAGAGAUUUUGGUAAUUUAUCUUGCACUGAGCUUUACUCAAUCAUUAAAAAAUUGUUCACCCCACUAGACCUUUAAAUCUGUUUUACAGUAUGCAGUUAUUUCUGCGGAUUACUUAAAGACAAGCAAACUAAGAAGGACUUUUUAAAACAAUUGUGGUUUUGAUGGCAAACAAAUCUCAAUGUUGUGAACGGCCGUCGACCUAACAAACAAGAACAGUUCAUUCUUGAUGAUACUUUGUGUGAAAGUGAUGAUGGCUGUCCGGGGACCUUGUUCUGUGUGUUACGUGAAAAUGUGAAACAAAUAAUUGUUGUCGCCGACUUGGUGUGGAUUGUGGCAUUUAAACCUGUGCUUACUGACCUCCCCUCACAACUGUGUUACUGAACCUGGAGCUUGUUUAAACACUUACCAUCGCUUGAUUGAUUUGAGAAAAUCCCGGGUACCCUUUGUUCGCGAGUUAAGUCCAGCUUACUACGGGAAGUGUGGAUUGUAUGUAUUGCUUUUUAGGUCUGAUAUUGUUCUUAGCAUCUGGUUUGCUUCCAUUAUUUGACAGGCUGAAACUGUUCCAACAUCACAGCCUCUCUUGAAAUAACAGUGUCUUUCUAACUGUAAGGAAACAUUCUAACUUAUUAACAAUUUCUUGGAUUGCCUUUACAUUGAUGACUUGUUUUGUCCCAGUUUUUAUGCUUUUCUUUUUUCUUAAAGAAUAAACAUACGUGGAGGGAGUUCUCUGUUUUUGCGCAAAUCUUCAAAGCUUUUUGUGUUUGUUUGGAAGAUUACAACUAAUCGCACACACAGCGGUAUUAUCCCAUAAUAUUUUUUCCAAAAAUGUGAAAAAAAACGAAAUAACUUAUUCUUAAUUAGCAUCAUUACCAUUUUUAUUGUCUUUUAGUCUUGAAAAGUAAUGCCAAUCAAUGAGGGUAACUCUUCUGGUUUAUGUCCAAGCGUGUGCGAUGCGUGGCCUUUGUUCUUGACUUUCCAGGUAUGACCAUGCUGCUUCAAACUCUUUCAAUGCUUUUGAUAACGCUUGUUGAUCUGACAAUUUGGUGGCCGACAAGUUCUAUUUCUCUGCUUUAAGUGAAACAAACAUCCGGGCAUUUGUACAGAGUCUGUAUGUACUCAAGUGGAAAAUAGAUGAGGUCGGACUGCUAAAGGAAACCACAGUACGUGGUCAUGGACAACCUCUUCGAUCAGUGUGUAUGCACGGAAAGCGGUUGUACAAACCAGUGUGUGGUAGUAGCUAAUACACUAUGACCGAGAUCGGCUUUCAUUCCCAGUAAACUGCUGGAAGACGAGGCCGACGAAAAUUGCAAUGCCCCUGACCGUCAGCUCUCAAGUAGAAGAACUGCGCAUGCGUCGCCACAGGUCAUUAGCACUUUACCACAAGGGUCACCGACCGAGUGACUUCACACAGGGUUUGUGCUGACGUGACAUGGACCUGGACAGCAAUGAGACAGAGGUCUGUGAUGGUGUGACCUGGACAGCAAUGUUUGGACUGGUGUGACGUGGACACCAGAGGGGUCAUGGCAAGCAGCGGGAUAGAAGCUUGUGCUGAAGUGACAGGAACAGGAGUGUGGUACAGACUUGCUGUAAAGCACAAAGACAGCAGUAUGUCACAGGUUUGUGUUGAAGUGACAUGGACAGCAGUGUGUCACAGGUGUGUCAUAGGAUCACCGAUGUCAUUCAUGACAUUAAGCGUUGGCAGGUUAUUUAUAGAAUAUGGUGUUCUCAUGAGUUGUCACAAGACAUCGAAUGUGGUUUUGGAGAUUUUUAUGCUGUUGGUAUUUUUGUAGG